CGUCUGUCGCUUCUGAGGACUGUCUUCACCGCUCCUUCUUCAGCUGAGAAGAGGUCUAGGUGGUUCUACCGCAGCUUCUGUCACUCUGUGACCAGCAGGUACUGGGAUAUUGGUCGGGAGGAUGUUGGGACGGCCGAAAUCAGGAAAUGGCCCGUUGCGGCUGCGUGACCGGAGAUGGGGAAGGAGCCGGUUGGAAACCUCGUUGCGGACCUGGGCCUCCACAGUAAUCAACUCUGGGGUUAGUGGAUCUCAGUCUACGCUAGCCGGUGGCGAAGGUGGGGAAUUGUCUAUUCUCAGCUCUUGGUAUAAAGAAUGACCAGCCUCACUGAAAGCAAGGAGAAAGGCUCAGAGAGAAGCAUGGAGAAAGUGCAUGGACAUGGUGUGACUUCCCAAAAAAUGAAAAAGGAAGAAUGCCCAUGUUAAGGUCCAGUACACAGCUGAGUUUAAGGAACUGUUGACAUUCAGAGAUAUCACCAUAGAAUUUACUGCAGAGGAGUGGGAAUACCUGGACCCUGCUCAGCAAAAUUUGUAUAGAGAUGUGAUGUUAGAGAACCUCAGAAACCUGGUCUCUGUAGCAUUACCUAUUGAAGGAAGCAAAAACCAGUCUUACGAAAGCCUCAGAGAAAUCCAGAACUUUGGGUGCACAUUUGGAUUAAGCGUCCCGUCAAAUGCUUGUGAAAACCAGAGAUUUAAAGUUGAAGAGGAUAUUUAUGACUGUCAUCAAUUUGAUGAGUCCUUCAUUAAAACUUUAUUAUUCUUCCACCAACCAAUAUUACCUUCACAUGCUAAAAUCUUCAGCUGGGAUCAGUAUGGUAAAAUGUUUAUCCAGUCAUCAUUGUUUAUUGAAAAUCAAGGUAUAAAUAAUUGGAAAAAACAUGACAUAUCAAAUAAAGUUUUAAUAUCCCUUUUCCAAAAUUUUACCCAAAAUAAUUACCUAAAUGUUCAUAUUGAUGAGAGAAUUUAUCAAUGCAAUAAACCUGAAAAGGCCAUAAAUCAAGUCUCAUGCCCUAUGAAAUAUUUGAAAUCUCAACACUCAGAGAUCCAAUACAAAUGUAACAAAUGUGGAAAAGUAUUUCAUAAAAGGUUAAAGUUCAUCAGCCUUGAUGAUAUCCAUACCCAGGAGUAUUCCUACAACUGUACUGAAUGUGUAGAAGCCUUACACCAGUCAGGGGAACAUUCUGAAAAUCAGGGAAUUCAUAUUGGAGAAAACUCAUACAGACAUAAUGAAUGCAAAAAUGUCUUUAGUCAGUCAUCCAGUCUAACAAAGAACAUGGUUGGUAAUGGAGGAAAAUGUUAUAGAGGUAAACAAUGUGAAAUAUCUUUUAAUCUGUCUUCAAAGCUUGAAAGACAUCACAGGUUUUAUACUGGAGAGAAACCAUACAAAUGUGAAGAAUGUGGCAAAACCUUUAAGCAGAGUUCAACCCUUACAAAUCAUCAGAGAAUUCAUACUGGAGAGAAGCCAUACAAAUGUGAAGAAUGUGGCAAAGCCUUUAACCAGUAUUCAUAUCUGAGGAUACAUAAGAGAAUUCAUACAGGAGAAAAACCCUACAAAUGUAAAGAAUGUGGCAAAGCAUUUAACCAGUGCUCUGACCUUAUGAAACAUCAGAUUAUUCAUUCUGGAGAGAAACCCUACAAAUGUGAAGAAUGUGGCAAAUCCUUUAACCGGUGUUGGUACCUUGUGAUACAUAAAAGAAUUCACACUGGAGAGAAACCCUAUAAAUGUGAAGAAUGUGGCAAAGUCUUUAACCGGUAUUCAUACUUCCUGAUACAUAAGAGAAUACAUACUGGAGAAAAACCCUACAAAUGUGAAGAAUGUGGCAAAGCCUUUAGCCAUAGGUCAACAUUUACACAGCAUCAGCUAACUCACAAUGGCAAGAAACCCUACAAAUGUGAAGAAGGAACAGCGUUUCAGUAUAGUUCAACCCUUAGAGAACAUGAAAGAACUUACACUAGAGAAAAACCCUACAAAUGUGAGGAAUGUGGCAAAGCCUUUAACCAGUGUUCACACCUCGUGAAACAUAAGAGAAUUUAUACUGGAGAGAAAACCUACAAAUGUGAAGAAUGUGGGAAAGCUUUCAGCCAUAGGUCAACACUUACGCAGCAUCAGGUAACUCACAAUGGUGAGAAACCCUACAAAUGUAAAGAAUGUGGCAAAGCCUUUAACUAUAGUUCAUCUUUUAGAAAACAUCAGAGAAUUCAUACUGAAGAUAAACCCUACAAAUGUGAAGAAUGUGGCAAAGCCUUUAAGUGGUGUUCAUAUCUCAUGAUACAUAAGAGAAUUCACACUGGAGAGAAACCCUACAAAUGUGAUGAAUGUGGCAAAGCCUUUACCCAUAGUUCACCCCUUAGACGACAUCAGAGAAUUCAUACUGGAGAGAAACCCUAUAAAUGUGACGAAUGUGGCAAAGCUUUUAAUCGUAGUACGAUACUUAGAGUACAUCAGAGAAUUCAUUCAGGAGAGAAACCAUACAAAUGUGAAUAA